GUUUACUCGGGACACACGUUCGACCACACCUUGCUUAACGCGAAUCACGACGUGUUAUAAUAUAUCUACCAAUUCAGAAUAUCAAAUUAAAAUCUCCACUAGAAGACAAAUUUCCGUAAAAGCCAGCACUAUUUUUCAACUGUCACCCAACAGAGGACCACUAUCUCAACAUCGAAAACCAAUAAAUCAAAAAGAAUCUCCAAAAAAAUAACACGUCCACUUAAAAACCAUCAUCAUUUUCCCUGUCAAAACCGCUCCAUUGAGGUAUUUAACGGGGAGCAGGUACACCUCCGCGGCAGGUUCGACGUCCCGUGGGCCGCAUAAAUUUCGUGGGCGUCCCGGCGGCAAGGUUACGUCACGAGGUGGGGUACCGAAAAACCGUUGCCCCCCAUCCGACCCAGGAACAGAAUUUCAGCCGAUCGAGCGGGCAUACGUGAACGAGAUCCAGGUCUACCCGCAGCGGACGGAGUGGGGGUACCCGGGCACGUCGAAAUGCUGGAAGAAUUCGGGUGGAGGUGAUCGACACUCGUGAAAGAAAGAAAGAAAAGAUGGUUGGCUUGUUUUCAAUGGUGACGUACCUGCGAUCGAAUUAUAAACGUAGAGAGACAGGUGGAGCGACACGAUGACAAGAUUCAUCACGACGUUCCUGUUGCUGCAGGCGAUCGCGAGGUAUGGUCGCGUGGCGGGCGCAGAGUCGACGCACGGUGCCGACCAGCCGGUCCCUUCCGCGGUCCCCUCGGGACUUUCUGGGCCGGAUUACACGGGGCCAUCCGCCGGUUCCGACGAGUGUGACCAAGAUAUGGUCGGUUUCGAGCUGGUGACCGGUUACGUGUACAGCGCGCCCACGAACAUGCUCGAGUCGAUUCCGGGUACGCUGAUGCUCACCGAUUGCCUGGAGACCUGUCAGACGAACGACUCCUGCCAGGCGGUCAACUACGAGACGGGACUGUGCGUGCUCUUCAGCUCGAACGCCGACAGCAACCCAGGUGCUCUAUCGCAAUCCCAAUUUCCAGUGUUCACGAUCUACGCCCAGAAAAGUUGCCUGGCCGUGAAACCAUGCGAACGAGCCUGGUGUAUCGACAGAGUGCAGGGACACCGUCUUCAGGGCCACAUACGAAGAACCAUGAACGCAUCAUCGCGACAGCACUGCCUCGAGCUCUGUUUAGGCGAGAGAGAUUUCCUGUGCCGAUCUGCCAAUUACGCGAAUGCGACGAAACAAUGCGAACUUUCGGACAUGGACCGCUUAACCGUCGCCGGAUCGAACGCUUUCCAAAUAGCUAAAGGCUUCGAUUAUUUAGAGAAUCAUUGCGUGGACGAACCAGUGAAGCUCUGCGAAUUCAAAAAAUUGAACGGCCGUAUCUUGAAGACAGUGGAUUCCGUGUACCAGGACGUUGGCAGCGCCGAAGAAUGCAGAGAACUCUGCUUGAACUCCCCGUUCCGUUGUCAUUCUUACGACUACGGUGAUACCGGCGACAUGGUCUGCCGUCUCAGCCAUCAUUCCAGAGCCACUCUCUCCGAUAUUCAGGAACCUUAUCUCGAUGUUCCGGAGGGAUCAACGUACGAGCUGAGCUCCUGCUACAACGUCACCAUCGACUGCCGUGCCGGCGACAUGGUGACGCGAAUCCAGACCAGCAAACUGUUCUACGGCAAGGUGUACGUGAAGGGAUCUCCUAACUCGUGCGUGCAGGACGUGAAAGGUGCCUUGGAAUUCGAGCUUCGGAUGGCCUACGACGAUCUGGAAUGCAACAUCAGACAGCAAGGACUUGGACGGUAUCUGAACGACGUCGUGAUUCAGCAUCACGACACGAUCGUCACAAGUUCCGACCUUGGCCUCGCCGUCACCUGCCAGUACGACCUGACCAACAAAACGGUGUCGAACGAGGUCGACCUCGGUGUACACGGUGACAUAACCCCAGCCUUAUCCGAGGAGGUGAUCGUCGAUUCCCCCAACGUAGCCAUGAAGAUCACCGACCGCAGUGGAAACGAAGCGAUACCAACCGCCGAAGUCGGUGAUCCUCUCGCGUUGAAGUUCGAGAUCCUCGACCCGAACAGCCCGUACGAGAUCUUUGUACGCGAACUGGUGGCCAUGGACGGCGUCGACUCGAGCGAGAUAGUCUUAAUUGACUCGGACGGUUGCCCCACCGAUCACGUUAUCAUGGGUCCGCUCUACAAGUCGGCUACCACCGGCAAGAUCCUGCUGUCUCACUUCGACGCCUUCAAGUUCCCCAGCUCCGAGGUGGUGCAAUUCCGCGCGCUGGUGACACCCUGCAUGCCCACUUGCGAGCCGGUACAGUGCGAUCAAGAAGAAUUAACCGGCGAGCUGAGAUCCGUCAUUUCCUACGGCAAACGUCGUCGUCGUCGCUCGACCGGAACCUCGUCCCAGAGCCGCGAGGAUCUACUUCUGGUGCAAUCCAUUCAGAUCACGGACAAGUUCGGUUUCGAGCACGACAGCAAAGCGGCGAACGGCAGUUCGGCGAGCAAGGACACCGUUUUCGUGGAGAGCGAGGACAUAUCGUCGACGAUGGGCAUAUGCAUGAACCUGGGCGAGGCGAUCGUAGCCGGCACCGUCUUCCUCGUCGCUCAGAUCGCCAUCAUAGCCGCGUGGACCUUCACCUGGCAGAGACGUCGGCAGAUGCUGAAGCAUCAGGAAGCACUCUCGGUCUCGGUUUCCGUUCCCGGUAUGCAUACCGUUCCGGGACGCACCGACAGUCUCUGUAAGUUGUACGACGCCGGAUAUUCAGGGCGUCGUUUUUGAGCAGCCUUCGUUUCCUCUCCCCGUCCCUCAAUCUCGUCUUCCUUCGCUGUCGAUGCCACGAACCUCCAGCCGACUUUCGUACGGAUGAGUUUCUUCCAUGGAAACAAUUUUUGGCUAAAGAACUUGCUCGAGUUCUCAUUUUUCCAUAAAAAUCUUCUUCAACUAUUCGAUGACAAUGCUUGAUCUAAAUUAAAUCCAAUGAUGUUGAGUAGGCUGGAGGUAUUUCGUGAAUAAUUACUUUCCGACGACAGCCGACUGUUGCCUUGUUAAUCGGGAACUGUGCAAAUCCUUUCCGGAGCAUUUGGUAGAUCUACUUCGACGGACGGGCAGAUAGGAGAAAUUUGGAAACAAAAAAAUCCCAACAGCAACUGACCGUCUGCUCGAUGACACUUCGUGCUCUCUUUACUUUAUAAGAAUGAUCGCUUGCAUAUCUACCUAUGUGUCUUCCUAUCCCUCCUAGGAUGAACGAUCGAUCCUGCAUCAUCGGCUACCUCGGUUCAGUCUAACCUUGAGAAUUCUCAUACUUGAAAAAGCUAGCCUAUCCAGGCCGCGAUUCCAAUUACCGGCUACCAACUAGAGAAGAAACAGCCCAGAACGAUCGCCGAUUUCUUCCCGAGAUCAGUCGAGCGGCGGACGAGUCCGUCCGUCCUGGCUCUUCUUCUUCUUCUUCUCAUCCGCUCGCGAUGACAGCCUCUAAUUAACGCGACACGCAGACCCGGUUACCGUGAAAAUCCCCGUACGCAUGAAAUCUUGACCAGUCAUCGGCUCCUUCCAAAGGGGAAACUUCCGCUUCGAAACUUCUCAAUAGAAAAUACGUCCAGUAACGAUCGGUGAAUAGCGCUUAUAGAAUCGGUUGUGGAAGCUGUGAAAAGCGAGUGACCGCGGGUAGAAAUGAUUAGGAGGUAGUGUAGCUGGAAGCAAUUAGGCGAUCAAAGAGGCAGGCUCGAUCGAUUAUCUUUCAGCUUCGUCAUCCUUCAUUCAUAAUAGCGCAUAAUCUCCAACUUUUCUUAUUUCUUCGCGGAUACUUCCUCCUUCCCGCUCUAUUUCUUCGAGCCUGUUUUUCCUGCCUGUUCGUAAACGAAACGAGACAGGAUAAAGCGAAACAAGCGGAAGCGGGACGAGAGGCAUGGCGUGGCGUGGCUUCGAAGGUGAUGGAGGUCGACGCGUACUCCGUACAUAGGAUACGGCACUGGCGCGGAUUCUAAUUAGCAUUGGGAAUCGAGCAUGAUUAUGCAGAUGCUCCGAGUGGGAUAUCAACAGGAGGAACGGCCGGGGUGACCGAGAUGGCUGGGUCAGGGGUGGUUUAAGAUGGGACUGGGUGAGACGGUAUAGGAAUAGGCAAAGGGAGAGAGAAGCAAUGCGCGUAAAGGGGUUGGCGGAAGGUUAAUUGCCUCUUGCGGUGUCUCGGGGUUAAGCUAAGCUUCGCGGGGGUUAGAUGAGAAUUCGGGAGCAAGAAGGGUCGGGAAAACGAGACGGCGCCGGAUCGCUGGCUACCUAUCUAGGACCACGUAAACGGCAGCCCCUUCGGACUUAACCUUAGCUACGUUUCCAUCGUCCAGCAGCCUGGUCAAGUUAAUUUACAUCGGGACACGUGAUCCCAUCAAUCUGGACCAACGUGUUCUGAACCAUAACACCGACACCUGAUCAACGAGAAGCUUUCGUUAAGGAAAACUGCUUCUCUUAGGGGGAGUUUUUAUGUGACAGUAAAUCAGGAUGUUCAAGGCCAGGCUAUUCCAUUAUAGGCACCCAAUAUACUACACCAAUUUCAAAUUUAGUUUCACAAUUUUAUUAGAGCAGCACUAUAAUUUUGGGUAAUCUCCAGGGCUACUGAUAGUUGUUCCUAAUAUGUCCCUAAUUAUUUUUUUAUUUUACAUUGACAGAAUAUAAAAUUUGGUACUCUCG